UCGCUCGGGGUUCGGCUGGCCGCUGGAGCCGUUCGAUCGCUCGGAGCUCAAUUGGCUGCUGGGGUUGUUCGAUCGCUCAGAGCUCGGCUGGCCCUUAGUUACGGACGGUUGCUGUUACCAGGAGGAGGUGAAAGUACUGCAACACCCUUCUGAGGUAGCACCAGCCAGACUGCAUUGGUUCAAGAAAGCAGCUCACCAUCACUUCCUCUGAGUAACUGAAAAGAUGCAAGGAUAUUUCGUUCUUGUUGAUUGUCAUUUGUGAAGUUUGUGGUUAUUAGAAGAAACUGAGAUAGGGCAUGGAACAAGCACACGGCCCACUGCUAAAUGAGGAGCUUUACAGUCAACUGAGUGAAUCAAAGAAACCAGAGUUUAUUUUUGAAUGGCUUCGAUUCUUAGAGAAACUUUUGGCGGCUGCCAGCAAGGAUGAUAUAAAGGAGAAGCAAAAGAAGCUUGUGGAACAGCUGACAUCCUUAUUAGAGAGCUCACCAGGCCCACCUGUCCGCAAGCUGAUUGCUAAGAAUCUGGCCUUGUUAUAUAGUGUUGGUGACACUUUCUCUGUAUAUAAAACUGUUGACAAGUGCAAUGAAAUUAUCAGAAGUAAGGAUGACUCACCAAGUUACUUACCAACCAAACUGGCUGGAGUUGCUUGCUUGGGGGCCUUGUAUGAACAGCUGGGAAGAAUGUUAGGGAAUACAUACAUGGAUACUGUCGGAAACUUGCUGAAAGCUAUGAAAAGUGCUGAGUCCCAAGGGCGCUAUGAGAUUAUGCUGAGUUUACAGAAGAUUGUAUCUGGACAAGGAGCAAUUGCUGCAUCAUGUCACAGAGAUAUCUACAAAGCUGCUCGUUCGUGCUUGACUGAUCGAUCAAUGGCUGUUCGCUGUGCUGCAGCAAAGUGUCUUUUGGAACUUCAAAAUGAAGCUCUAUUUAUGCGGACCACAGAACUGGAGAAUGUUGCUACGCUUUGUUUUAAAGCCUUCGAAGGUUCGAAUUAUGAUGUACGUGUAUCGGUUUCAAAAUUGCUGGGUGCUGUUCUGGCUACAGCUGUGAUGCCUAAACGGGGCACUGGUGUGAGGCAGGUUGUUCGUAAAACCACACUGGAGGAAACUAUGAACUUGCUGGCUUCUGGCUUCUUGCGAGGAGGCAGCGGGUUCUUGCGUGUCAGUGGAGAAAUGCUAAAAGGAGGCAGUUCUGUGAACCGGGAUAUUCGGAUUGGAGUAACUCAGGCUUAUGUUGCUUUUAUUUCUACACUGGGUGGGCAGUGGUUGGAACUGAAUUUUGCUGCCGUACUUGAACAUGUUUUGGAGUUGGUGUCUCACCCAAAAGCUACCCAGACGCAAAUUGAUGCCAUAUGUUGUCGCCGUUGUGUUUCAUUUAUCCUUCGAUCUGCAGUAGGAAGUCUGCUUGGAGAGAAAGCUCAGAUUGCAGCAGCCAAAGAGAUCUGCCAGGUUGUCGGUAAACAGAAGAAAGCUGUAGAUGCUGCGAUGAGUGACACCAAUAUGGAGACAAAGUUGGAUACAAUGGAUGUAUCUGCAAGCCAACAUGUACUUGUCUGUGCCCUUCAAGAAUUGGGCAGUCUAGUGCAAGGCCUUGGUUCUACUGCUGCCCCAUUGCUUCAGGAUUCUACCAUAGGUGUGCUGGACAAAGUAAUUUCAGUGCUGCUGCAUCCCAGUGUUUCAGCUAGAUUAGCUGCAGCUUGGUGUUUGCGUUGUUUCGCAGUGGCAUUGCCAUCUGAGAUUUCUCCUCUUCUGGAUCGUUGCACUGAACGCCUAAGUGCUCUGAGAUCUUCCCCUGAAGCAGUAACUGGUUACAGUUUUGCAAUAGCAGCACUGCUAGGAGCAGUCCAGCAUUGUCCACUAGGUAUCCCUCAUGAGAAAGGAAAGUUGAUAAUGACCCAAGCAGAGGAUUCCUUACGUACUGCAAUCCAAAAUAGUCGCCUUUCAGUACACCGCACUCAAGCUGGUUGGCUUCUUUUUUCUGCACUUAUGACACUAGGGCCAGCAGUCAUACACUGUCAUCUUCCAAGAAUCCUCUUGCUUUGGAAAAGUGUAUUCCCUCAAUCCCCAAAAGACUUGGAAAUGGAAAGAAGUCGUGGGGAUUGCUUCACUUGGCAGGUGAUGCUGGAAGAACGUGCAGGAGCUCUCUGUGCAAUGAAGUGCUUUAUGUUGUAUUGCAAAGAUUUAUUGACUGAUGAUGUAACUGAGAGACUCCUUCCACUCCUUACCUUCGCGGUAGCUUUAUCAACAAAACUACCUGCGCUUAACAAAUCAUAUGGAACUCCUUUGAAGAGUGUUUCAGUGGUGUUUAGACAAAGGUUGUAUGAGGUUUUGGCUCUGCUGCCGACCAAAGAUUAUGAAGGGAUUUUUAAUUCUGUUCUGAAAGAGUUGAUUGCGGAAUUGACUCUGGCUGAUAAUCAAAUGUUUGCUGCUACGUUCUUGCUUCCAUCCCUUUGUCAUCAGGAUGAUGCUCUGCUACUUGGAACCUGGUUGCAAGAAACUGAUCAUCGAUUUAUCGAGGAGCAGUUAAAAUUAGGUGGUAUAUUGGGAGGUGGAAGCCUUGAACAUGAUCCCUUUACCAUCUAUCAGAGAUUAGCAGAUGGGGAACUUGUACCUACACCUCUUCCUCCAGUACUAUCUAUGAUCCGAGCAGCAGUUGAGCUUUUUGGAGUGAUAUUCCCUUGUUUGGAUGUUAAACACAGAGCGCAGAUAUUGGAUCAAUUUACAGAAUCCAUAAAACAAACUAAAGGAUCAAAGCAGCAAACUGUACAGCUAAAUGUUUUUGCUGCAUUCUGCUAUGGAUUGAAGAGGUUAGCUUGCAAGAAGGGUAGUUUAGGUCCAGAAGAGGUGAGAAGACCUGCUCUAACCCUGGUGAUGAAUUCCUUGGAAAGUCCAAAUCUUCUGUUGAGAUGUGCUGCAGCAGAAACUCUGGCCAGACUUGCACAGGUUGUAGCAGAUAGUGCCUUCACUGCGAAGCUGGCACAGACUAGCUUUGAAAAGUUAAAGUCUGCCAGAGAUGUGAUUUCACGAACGGGUCACUCUAUGGCCUUAGGCUGCCUUCACAGAUAUUUGGGUGGAAUAGUUUCAAGUCAGCACUUGAAUGCCUGUGUCAAUAUUCUUCAUACUUUAUCUCAAGACAACACCUCCCCUGAAGUUCAGACCUGGGCACUGCACUCCUUGUCAUUGUUAAUAGAUUCAAGUGGUCCAAUGUAUAAUGCUCAUGUGGAAUCAAGUCUGUCUCUUGUCUUGCUGCUGUUGUUGACUGUACCUCCUGCUCAUACUGAAGUCCAUCAAAGUUUGGGUCGUUGUUUGAAUGUGCUUAUUAUCACUUUGGGACCAGAACUGCAAGGUAACAACACAUCAGUCCCCUUGUUAAGAACUUCCUGUCUGGUUGGCUGUGCAGUGAUGCAGGAUAACCUUGAUUGUCUUGUGCAAGCACAAGCCAUCUCCUGUCUCCAGCAGUUACAUAUGUUUGCACCACGUCAUGUGAACCUUUCCAGCCUUGUUCCUAGUCUCUGUGAGAUCUUGUUGGAUAAUUCAGUUUGGGUAAAUCUCUGUAGUUCGCACCUAUUGUUGAGACGUGCUGUGAUUGCAUGCCUUCGUCAGCUUGCGCAGAGGGAAGCUGCUGAGGUAUUGGAACAUGCCAGGGCUCUUGCCAAAGAAUCCAGUAAACUCGAUGUAAAUAUUGGUGAAACUGGCUUGGAAGGAGCACUUUUCAGUUUACUUGACAGAGAGUCAGACCAACGACUUUGUCAUGACAUUCGGGAAACUCUAAGCCAUAUCCUAUCUUCCAUGGCUGUUGAAAACCUUUCCCAUUGGAUAAAGUUAUGCAAUGAGGUUUUAUCUGCCUCAGCUGAUUUCACCACCACAGCACCAGUUGACACAACUCAGGAAGAGGAGGAGGAUAGACGAGAUGAUGAUUCAAUAUUUACCUCACGCAAAGAUGACCAAUUCCAACCAGUCAUCAAACCACGGUGGCCUACAAGGGUAUUUGCAGCAGAAUGUAUAUGUCGAAUUAUUACACAAUGCGAGAAUAUAGAUGCUGCUCAUUUUGAUUUGACAAUGGCUCAGGAAAGGAAAGAGAAGCUCUCAAAAAGUGAUUUCUUAGUGAACCAUCUGGCAGAUUUGAUUCGCAUGGCUUUCAUAGCUGCCACAGAUCACAGUAACACUCUCCGGCUAUCUGGCCUCGAAACACUACUUGUCGUCAUCAGGAAAUUUGCAAAUGUCCCUGAGCCAGAGUUCCCUGGUCAUGUAAUCCUUGAACAAUACCAAGCAAAUGUGGGAGCAGCACUGAGGCCUGCAUUCUCCCCUGACACCCCACCUGAUGUUACUGCUAAGGCAUGUCAAGUCUGCAGUGCUUGGAUUGUAAGUGGAGUUGUAAGUGACCUGAAUGAUCUUCGAAGAGUACAUCAGCUUCUGGCAACAUCCCUGAGUAAAGUACAAGCUGGGCAGGAAGCACAGAAUCAACUGUACAAUGAGAGUACCUCGACAAUGGAGUCUCUAGCUGUACUGAAAGCUUGGGCAGAAGUUUAUAUCGUAACUAUGGAAAGGCAAAACGUGUGUGCACCAAAGCAGAAGCAGUUCUUGAAGGUUGAGAGGUCUGCUGCUGAUGGCUCGAAGGAUGCAAUUACUAUUGCAGAUGGACUUCUCAAUUUAGUCCGGUUAGAAUUAGGAACACUGAGUAAACUCUGGCUGGCUGCUCUACAGGACUAUGCCCUUCUCACCUUGCCUCCAGAAUAUGCUAAUCAGCUUCCAGCUGAAGGUGGUGCAUUCUAUUCAUCAGAGACCAUAGAGGCAGCAAGGCCACAUUAUUGUAAUUCUUGGGCCCCUAUUCUUCAUGCCACAGCAUUAUGGCUGAACAGUACAGGUUUUAUUGUAAUUGACCCAGAUGAAGGCUCUUCCCGUCUGUCCAGACCUGUAACACCAACGAUGGGUCAUGAAUCCACUUUGGCAAAUGUAGUGAAGUCUCCAGAAGAUGUCAACACGGAUAGAUUCCACCUCAUUCUAGGAAUCAGUGUAGAGUUUUUGUGUUCACUACGACCAGAUGUACCAAUGGAAAGCAUUAUAGCCUGUUUAAAUGCUUUGAAGUCACUUCUGGAUGUUGUUUGGCCACGUUAUAAAGUAGGAAGCGAUCAGGAGCUUGGAGUGGAAUUACUGAAUGUUCUGCAUCGACUAAUAUUGACACGCGAGUCCCCAUUCAUCCAGCUGGCUGUAAUUGAUGUUGUCGAAAGAAUUAUCCGUGCAGCUCAGGAACAUGUGAAAGAAAAACGGAGAAGUGCAGAAGUUGAUGAUGGUGCUGCUGAGAAGGAAACCCUACCAGAAUUUGGAGAGGGCAGUGACACUGGUGGACUGGUACCAGGGAAAUCCCUUGUUUUUGCAACACUAGAAUUGUCCCUCUCUAUACUUGUUCGUCAACUUCCACAAUUAAACCCUAAACUUGUGGGUAUUCAUAUGAGCAAUGGAAAGCCUCAGCCGUUGUCCAAGGAUGGUGUUAAGUUAGUAGCAGCUGCCCUGGGAAUUCUCUCUGAACUUGUUUCAGUGUGCUCUCCUACAGGGAGCAUUUCUGUUCUUCCCACCAUCCUUUACCUUAUCAUUGGAGUCAUUAAAGAAACUGCAAUCAAGACACUUGAUGGUUGUACAUCUUUAACAGUUGGUGCAGCGCUGCAGGCGUUAAAGGCUGUUGUCUCCUCUCCUCUGGCUCGAGCAGAGAAGAGCCAUGUUGCAUGGACCAGGCUUCUCCGUAGUGCUCUUACAACGAUUUUAGAAUUUUGGAAUCCAGAAAUGACUCUGUCAGAACUGGAUGAAGUGAGCAUGCUAACUGCCAUUAGUGUUUUCUUGAUGUCAGCAAGUCCAGAAGUCACCUGUGUACAGUGCCUUGAAAAAGAAUGUAUCAACAGGUUUAAAAUAGUUCUCAGUUCUAAAAACCCAGUAGUGCUUGUGCAGUGCUACAAACUACUGCAGACAAUAUUUCAGCAUCCUAACCGGGCAGUAUCUACUCCUUACAUUCACUCCUUGACUAUUCUAAUUGUACAAAAAUUGAGAGAAGUGGAGAAAGAAAAGCCAAGCACAUGUGCAGAAUUGCAGGCUGUGCAAGCAGGAUUGAAGACUUUGGAGACUUUGAUCAGCUUGGCUGAUGAACAAAACAGAGUCCAUUUGGUAGUCUUGCUUCUACCAAUCCUGAUAUCUUGUCUUUUGGAUGAAAAUGCUUUAAAUACAGCACCAAAUCCAGCCAAGAGUUUACAUGAGUUUGCCCUUCAGAACCUGAUGCAAAUAGGCCCUCGGUAUCCAUCCAUUUUUCAAACAUUAAUGGGUACUUUGCCAGCUAUGAAAGCCAGGCUUGAAAGUGCUGUUAAAGGUAACCAGGAGAGCAUCAAAGCAAAGACAGCAGCUGGACAGUCCAAGUGUUCUGAGAAAACUUCUCCCAGCAUUCAGCUCAAGACCAAUUUUUCUAAUUUCUAAGAGCUGUAAACCAGUUUACGGAACUGCGAGUAUUAUUAAGCUGACUAAACUAGACCAAGCAAAGGAAUAUGAAUGGAAGAAAUGUUUUAGAAAUAAAUCUUAUGACUUAAUCUCGCAUGUUUCAGUUAUGACAGAGGGCUAACAUUUAGAACAAUGUGUGGAUGUGUUAACCUUUAACUUGAACAUCCCAAAUUUAAUGUUCUAAAUCCAUGUUUACAAUUUUAAACAUUUAUUUUACCAUUCUCACUUUAAUUGCUAAUUCACAAAACUGAAGUCUUAAAACUAUUUCAACUGUGUUAUUACAAUAGCUUAAGGAUUUGGAAUGGCUCGUUAACAAGAACUUGAUCUCCAAGGAAACAACUGCAAGUAGAUUAGUAGGAAUGUUAAAGAUAAUUUUAUGCAAACAUGUUUUUCACUAAAAAUAUUGCUCUCCUCUUGCCAGAAUUUGCAGAAAACCUAAUGCAGCAGUGUUAUUAGUAUGCUCCAGAACAACCAAUUUAUAACCAGCAGUAGCUAACUUCAUAAAUGGACUCUGAAGAUAAUUGCACUACAAUGCUAUUAUUUUUUUCAAGUGAAUAAAGUUACCACUACUAAAUCUGUUUUUAAAAAUGUACUCUGGACUCUCUUGAAACUUUUUAAAAAGGAAAAUAAAUUUGUAACCAUAAAUUGUUUACUGAAUAUGGCUGUUGAUGCCAUUCAGUUGUGUUUUUGUCAGUAAUUAUGACAUUGCACACUGUGUAUAAUAAUCUUAUUCUGGAGUAAUCUUUAUACAGAAGGUCUAAUUCCAAAAGUUAUUCUCACAGUAAAGCAGUCUGCCUGCUGCCACUGACUAGUUUGUAUCUUUUGGUUUAACUAAAGCUCUAAAGUACUGUACUAAUAGGUGGCUUAAAUGCCAUGUAUAAAACACCGUUGUAAAUUCUACAGAAUAACCACAUGUGCAUUAUUGUUACAUUUUGCUUUUGUAACUUCACUGAAAUAAAGCUAAUUUAAUUUUG